UUACUGUGGGGCUCGAGGGUCAUUAUUCCACCGCCAUUAAGACAACGAGUACUGGACGAACUUCAUUCAGGACACUGUGGAAUAGUUAGAAUGAAGGAAAUCGCCCGCAGCUAUCUUUGGUGGCCAGGUGUGGACUCUGAGAUUCAGGCAAAAGCAAAAAUGUGCAGUGCAUGUCAAAAAUUGAGAAAUACUCCUCAACCAGCUCCGCUACACCCCUGGCAAUGGCCUGAGGAACCAUGGGUGAGAGUCCAUAUUGAUUUUGCAGGGCCCGUCGAAGACAAUAUGUUUUUAGUUCUUCAGGAUGCCCACAGCAAAUGGCCAGAGGUGGAGGUAAUGAAAAACACAUCUUCAUUGAAAACUGUGGAAGCCCUACGUUCAAUUUUUGGUCGUUUCGGCCUGCCACAGCAACUUGUCAGUGACAAUGGUCCACAGUUGGUCUCGGAGGAGUUUGAGGUUUUCCUGAAGGUCAACGGAAUUCAGCACAUACGAUCAGCACCUUAUCAUCCGUCCACGAACGGCCUUGCUGAGCGUUUUGUCCAGACGCUGAAGCAGGCUCUCAAGUCAACGCUGGGUAAGGGUUCACUAAAACAGCGCCUCAACACUUUUCUACUGUCCUAUCGAAAUACCCCUCAUGCCACCACCAGGGUAUCUCCUGCCUACGCUAUGUUUAAAAGACAGCUUCGCACUCGUUUGGAUUUGUUGAAACCUCGAAAAACACAACAGACUGUUCAAGCACAACAAAACCUGCAGAGGGAACAACGGUCAAAAGCAAAACAUCGUUGUUUCAGACCGGGAGACAAAGUGUUGGCUCGUAACUAUGGGAAAGGUGUCAAAUGGCUGCCUGCAACGGUGAUCGCACAAACAGGGCCUGUGUCGUACACUGUGGAACUUGUGGAGAGUCAUCUAAUAUGGAGAAGACAUGUAGACCAGUUACUAGCUGCUAGUGCAAGUGACAAUUCUGGAGAACAAGUAACAAUGGAUCCUUACCUGGAAAUUGCUCCAGAAUACCAUCAUAUGUCUGAGAAUUCUACACCACUUCCUGAAAAUUCAUUGACUAAGACUCUGCCUAGUCAAAUUAAAGAGACUGUUCCAGGUGUAAGUCAGUCAGUGCCCCUAUCCAAGCAAACCCCUGUAAAAGAAACUGUAGCUGUGGAUGUACCUACAGUUCGGCCUUAUCCUAAAACAGAGCGGCGACCUCCUAUUAGACUGACACUCUAG